AUGACGAAGCCAGCACCCGGAAAUUACGUUAUUGUGAGCCGUGUACUGUCUUGCGACGGCCAGAAACUUGCUCUCACCUUUUGCAAAAAGGGCGGCGCCGUUACUCUCACCCCUUUGACACACCGACAGGAACAAAUCUGGACAAUAAGCGACUAUUCUGAUGGUCAAACUCAAUAUAUUAUCCCGAAGAAAGAUGAUGAUCUCCAAAUCGCGAUCGGCGGCAAAGUUGCAGUAACGCUUCCCGCUGGUGAAUACGUUUGGACCAUUCGAAGGGGUAAAGAUGGCGUCUGUAUUGCAACUGGUGACAAGAUGUUAAAUUUGGGGAUUGAAAGGGGCGUCGUCGAUGAAAAAAUUUGUGUGACCAAGGAUAAGGGUGGUCCUGGAUUUAGGUGGUGUCUCGAAAAAGUCAGAAGUUCCGGCUCUUAUUGA